AUGCCAUCGAAGCAAAGAAAAAUUGCUAUGAUGGGCUACAGAUCUGUUGGCAAAUCAUCUCUUAUUAUACAAUUUGUUGAAGGGCAAUUUGUUGAUUCGUAUGAUCCCACAAUAGAAAAUACAUUUACAAAGUUUAUUAGACUAAAUUCUACAGAAUAUGAAGUGAAAUUAGUUGACACUGCAGGGCAGGAUGAAUACAGCAUCUUUCCCUUACAAUAUAGCAUGGACUUUCACGGAUAUGUAUUGGUUUAUUCCAUAACUUCAAGUAAAAGUUUUCAAAUUGUUCAAAUAAUAUAUGACAAAUUAUUGGAUAUGGUAGGAAAAAUUCAUGUACCAAUUGUUCUUGUGGGUAAUAAGACAGACUUGCAUUUGGAAAGAAAAAUUAGUACAGAGGAGGGAAAACGCCUAGCUGAAAAAUGGAAUGCAGCUUUUGUAGAAACUAGUGCUAAGAGGAAUGAGUCAGUAACAGACAUGUUUCAUGCGAUGCUGUCUGAAAUAGAGAGAUCAGAUGGACACAUGCCCGAGAAGAAUGGAUGUAUUAUUUCU